AUGGAGGGCUGGCAGUGUUUUCUGCUGCUGUGCACACUAAGUUUAAGGCUUUCCUCUGGAGAUGUGACGAAAAAUGAUGAUGACAUCGACCUUGUCAGCUUUCUGAGAAAUGUCUACCCCGGGCUGCUGGUGAGAGAUGAGCCGUUCAUCAUCAAUGGAGACAUUCAGAUAAACUCCCUCAAGGAGCUGGGACACCCUGAGGACCUCGCAAUCACGCAGCAAACCAAGGACAAACCAGUCAAUCAGGAUACAGAUGGGGCUCCAGGACCAGUGGUGUUAACCAAAAAUGGCCAGAUAAGGGGGAUUACAGUGGAUAAGGCCCAUGUGUUCUAUGGCAUACCAUAUGCAGACCCUCCUGUUGGUGCUUAUCGCUGGAAGCCCCCCAGACCCAUGAGUCCUUGGUCAGGAGUUUAUAAUGCCUCCUUCCCCAGGGCAGCAUGCAUGCAGUUCUGCACCGGACCUGUCACUGAGGAGUGUCCUCAUGCAGUCAGCGAGGACUGUCUCUACCUCAACAUCUUUGUACCGCUGGGUGUGAACUUCAGCUCCCCGCUACAGAGACCCCUGCCUGUCAUGGUAUGGAUCCAUGGCGGAGAUUUCAUAGCUGGUUCUGCCUCUAAACCGCUGUAUGAUGGACGCUUCAUCAGCAACUUCACCCACACUGUUGUUGUAAACGUGGAGUACCGACUAGGUGCAUUUGGGUUCCUGGUGUCGGGCAAAGAUCCUCACACCUCAGCUUCAGGGAAUUAUGGGAUCUUGGACCAGCAGGCGGCUCUUCUUUGGGUGCAGCGGAACAUUGCUGUGUUUGGAGGUGAUCCCAGCAAGGUGACAUUAUUUGGGGAGAGUGCAGGUGCCCAGUCAGUGAGUCUUCAUCUGAUGAUCCAGAGCAGUAAGCCUCUGUUCAAACAGGCCAUCCUGCAGAGCUUACCCUUCUCCAUCCCUCUGAAGACCAGACAUGACGCCUUGAAGCUGGGAAAACACUUUGCGAAACAGACCAACUGCUCUGUGAGCGACAUCAUCUGCCUGCUGUCUCUCGCUCCACAGGCCGUCCUGGCCGCCCAGAUGAAAACAAGUUCCAAGAUUGUAAACCCGUUCAGGUUCCUGGAAGUUUUUGAGACUUGGGGUCCGUAUAUCGAUGGGGAGUUAAUAAAAGAACAGGCUGUCACUGCCUUCCUGAAGGGCCACUGGCAGAAAGAGAAGCCAGUGCUGCUGGGUACAACCUCAGAGGAGGGGGUUCUUUUUGUUUACGGGGUCUUCGGCAAGCCAGUCUCUGCAGUGGAAAGCACUGUGUACAUCACAGCCAUUUUUAAACAGCACUCCCUACGGAUCCUACACAAAUACCUGCCCAUGUACAGGGAUGCUGACUGCAGGAACAUGCUCGCUCAGAUUGUUACAGAUUUUGUCUUCCUGUGUCCGUCUCGGAGGUCAGCUCGCACCGGCACCGCGGCAGGCAGCGAGGUGUGGAUGUACGUGUUCGACCACGUGACCUCGGACCACCGUGUCUGGUCAGGUCUCACUUUCUGCUACCAGCACGCCUGCCACGGUGCCGAGCUGCCCUUUAUCUUUGAUUCUGCCUCGGUGGCCAACUUCACCCUGUCGCUGCCAGAGAAGCUGCUGUCCAAUCGGAUGCUGUGCUACUGGGGCGCCUUCGCCCACAUGGGUGACCCUUCCUCCAGGGAACAACAGACGUUUUUCUGCCGGCAGCAGCGUCUGCCCGUUUGGCCUCGUUACUCUGACACCAGCGGCUGGCUGAACAUGAACCUGACGGUGCGCUCUCAUGCACAAGUGGAAACCAGGAACCAUAUAUGCGACUUCUGGGAUCAACUGGGCAUUUAUUAGUGAAGGAACAGGCUUGGUGAUAAUAUUUCUGUUCAAUUUGCAGUCUGGAGUUGUGAUGUUUAUCAUUGUAUUAUAUAUCCAUUAGAAAUAAACUUGACCUUUUAGGAAUUGCUACCAAACAGCGACCAUUUACUUCUCUCCAUAAUAUAAUUUUGUAAGGUCUUAAUCUAAUUAUAUGAAAUGUCCUGAGAUGACUUUUGUUGUAAGCUGAUGCUGUACAAAUGAGACCUCUUCAGCUGCAUGUAUUACUUUUGAAGGCAAAGCUAGUGCUGUUUGAGAGAAACAGGACAUAGACUGCAGAAGAAAAUGGAGUUCCUUGUAAAUUUAUAGAUCAGUCUACACCGAUGGUUAAUAUACAAAAUGCCAAAUAAAGUCCAGAGUUUAAAUAUGACCGCAUGAAGCAAAAUCCAUCCAUCCAUUAUCUGUACACCACUUAAUCCUCUUUAGGGUCCUACUGUACUACCUGCACUCCUAUCAACAGAGUUCUAUGUUAAAAUUCAUUUCGUAAGAACAUGUGUUAAUCUGUUCUUUCUCUGUACAAUGAGUAAGUAAGAAGUUUCCCUUUUGUUUUUCAUUUUACUCUGGUGUUACUCUGGUGACCGGGAGUUUAUGUCCUCCAUAACAUGUAUUUACUCUGUAAAUUUUUAUUGAAAUACUAAGCCCGUCUUUUAAUUUCUUAUCUUAUUGGAAAACUUACAGCAACAUUGAUUUAUAGUGUACUGUAAUUUAGAUUGCAGCCAAGAUGUUGUAAUACACUCUACACUAAAAAUUGUCACUGUAGGAGUCCUGACCAAGUUUUCUUUUGUGAUUAUUUGGCAGUGAGAAUGUUUCGUCUAAUAUCUUAAGUUCCAAUAACUCAGCUAAUCAGCCCCCGAAAAGACAAAGAGAUGAUUUUAGCAAUUAUCUGGAUAGCAUAGGGUACCACUAAGCAGCUAAAGAGUGAGAUUUCUCUCACAAUUUGGUGGAGACCAAGACAGAGCCAAAAGGAGGGUCAGUAUUAGACUUCUUUACCAUAUGGCCAGAAACACAACUUGAAAUGAAUGCUAAUAUUGUUCAAUUUCAAACACCUGUUUGCUGUGAUGUAGACGUAUUCGGAAUUCUAAAAUGUGGGACCAAGUCAGAAAAAGAGACACAAUGUGAGCACAUCCAGACCCAAAUAGACCUGAGUAUAAUAAUUCCAGUCCAAAAUGCUGUUUGGGUCCACUGAGGUAGUGGACAUACUGACAACACAGACCCAAGACCUACUGCUGUGAAGCAAGAUCCAGUGAAAGGAAACUGAGUAGAAUUUGACCUGGUCUGACUUGGGUUCUGUGAUGGAUCUUGAGUACUCACAACUGAGUUGACCCAACCUCUGCUAUGGUGUGUUGCAACCCGGUCUCUCAAGGAUUCGUGAAACGAAACCAUAGAUUAAUUUACGUGACAGUUUCACGAAUCCUUGUGAGACCGGGUUGUGUGUUUGGAACUGGCUACGCUACUCUGAAUUGGUCAAAAAGUCUGUGAUCCCCAACAUUUGGGGAAAUUGAAACCAAAGUGCAACAUCAAAACGCAAUCUUACCAUGGAAACCUGCCAGUGUUAUCAUCAAUAAUACAAGAGCAGAACUACCGAAUAGUGAG